CGGGUACUUCACCGAAACUGGAGACGGAAAGUUUCCAUCAUACUUAUUUCUACAUUUAAUGUUCCUGCAUUUUAAUCUGUUUUUUGUUGUAAUACAUUUCCUUAAAGUGUAAGAACAUACCUAAAUUAAUUAAUAUUCUCUUUGAUAAUAAUAUAUUUCUGAAGGCAACAAAAAUAUGAGUGACAAAAAUUUUGUGAAGUGUCCAUAUUGUAACAAAAAGGUGCCAGAUGCUACUAGCGCAACAUCAGACAGCGAUUUUGGAAAAGUGGUACGUUGCCAUUACAUUCCCCCUUCGUUACGACAUGAAGCAACAAAAGGACCAGAUGGUUCUAGUAAGGCAAGAAGAUGUGACAAUUACUCAGUUAUUCGCAUAGAUAAUCUCCAUGUCUCUACAACUGAAAUAGAUUUAGAAGAUCUUGUAAAACCAUUUGGACUAAUUCAGAAACUUUACUUAGCAAAGAAUAAACAAACUGGACUUUGCAAAGGUUUUGCUGAUGUCCAUUUCAAGUUCAGAAAUGAUGCUGCUAAAGCUAUAUCUAUGCUUAAUGGAUAUGGUUAUGAUCAUCUUAUUCUAAAUGUUGAUUGGUCCAUGUCAUUGUCUUGUUCGAAAAAAUAAAGCAGUAAAUUAUUCUGUUCAUUUUUUUAGUAGAAUAUAAUAUUUAUGUUAAAAUGUUUCUGUAAAAUAAAUGGUCAUACGAAAUAUA